AUGGCUUACAGAAAGGUGAACUUUCUCGGAAAAUACGCUCUGACAAACAAAGUGAAUUCAGUUGAUUUCAUAAAAAUAUGGUCACAUUACGAUUCGGACGGAAGUGGAUAUCUGGAGCGGAGGGAGCUAGACAACUUCCUCGUUGAUUUCAUAUCUUCCAGACAUGGGAAGGAACUGACGGAGGAAGAAUUGGAUGGCCUUCGAAACAAGGUCAUGAUGACCGCAGAUGUCAACAGGGAUGGAAAAAUUGAACUUGGAGAAUUCGCUAACCUGCUAUCAAUCGAGGAGAACUUCAUGAAGAAAUUCUCUUCUAGAAAAUCGCUUUCCAGAAGAGAUUUUAACGAAAUCUUCAUGCAUUAUGAUCCGGAUGGCAAUGGCUUCAUUGAAGGUACCGAACUGUUGGCACUCAUCAGAGAUAUCAUGACGAAAGUCGACCAGAGAGUGACGUUGAAGGACCUGAUGGAUUACCAGGAAGUCGUUCUCAGUGUCUUCGAUAAGAACACAGAUGGCAGGCUAUCCAGGAAGGAACUGGGAUUGCUGCUGUCUAUCCAGAAAUGA